AAUAUCGGUCAGUCUUAAAUGAGAUAUGCUUGCGCAUGCGUACUCAGUUAGCUUGUGACAUGCGGCUGGGUAGUCAGCCUGAAAAUAGAUGCGAUCUAUUUCUAUCAGAAUUAUAAUCUAAAACAAACGUAGUUUGUUUGCUUAAGUUGGAAACAUUUUUGCAACGGAGUUGCAAUCUUUUAUGCGGCAUAUAUAUUGAUCUGUAACGUAGUUACACAUUGUAGGCUACGAAUCAUUUGUGUGCCAAACUUAAUUUCAAUAUGGCGGCCGAAAGCACGUGUAGUGCUGUUUUACCGGGCCUUUCAAAACCCGCAAUAGAUACAUGUAAGAAUAGCGAGGACGUUAAAGCAAAGAAAGUAAAAACUAGAACAGGAAAGGGGAAACUAGACGACAAAGCAAAAUCUAGUCAUAACAGUGAUGAAUAUUUAACUAUAAUGAAAAAUAUACAAGAAACUGUGCAGAGACAGGAAACGAACAUUAACAGCGUCGUGGGACGCAUAGAUACUUUAGAGAAACAGUACCUGUAUCACGAUGAAUAUUGUGAGGAGAAUUAUGACUUUGAUGAACAGUAUGAUGAAAGAUUGGAGGAUGAAACAUGCCCGGAGGCAGGUACUAGUAGCACAAACAGAUUUGAUGAUAUGACGAAGAGAUAUAAAUUAAUAGAGUAUACAGACGUGGAAGUUGACAGUGUGUUGGCGAGUAGUGUCAAUGAUUUGUUCACCAAUGGGAUAGUAGAUCAUUCAAAGUAUACAGAACUUACCAAAGAUGAAAAUAACUCACGGCCAAAAAACUGUGAAAGUUUGGUGAUAGUCAAAACCAAUAAAAUGGUAUGGAACAUUAUUCCUCAAUAUGCCAAAACAAAUGAUAAGAAGUUACAGGAUGUUCAAAUGUCAGUUGUAAAAGCAGCUACGUUGAUGACUAAAGGAAUAGACAAACUGGCUAAGUUAGAAACAGGAAAUGAUACGAGUGAAGGGCUUGGAAAACUCAUUGAUAUGUUCAAUGACAGUAUUGCUUUGCUUGGUCAUGCCAAUACACAGAUUAACUGUUUUAGAAAGGAUUUGUUAAAACCAAACCUCAAGCCAGAGUACAAACCUUUGUGCAAUCAUAACAUUCCGUGCACAACUUUUCUCUUUGGAGAUGAUAUUACCAAAUCUGCAAGGGAAGUGGAAGAUUCUGCGAAAAUGAGUUAUAAAAUGAUGCAGAGUAGAAUGGGCUUGGAUUAUAGAAACCGCCCAUACCAAAGGGGCCCACGAUUCAGGGGACGCAUGAGAGGAAGGUACAAUCGUGGCCGAGGAAGUUCUUCCCAGAGGGGUGCACAUGCAGAUUCAAAAAACUUCUCAUGGCAAAGCAGCCAGUGGGAUCAGAACAGAUACUAGAGUUUGCUGGGUCAUUGUAUCCAGAAGAUUCGCAAAGACAAAGCCAGGGGUAUUAUAGUGGCUCCUGUAUGGCCAACACAGAUAUGGU